CGCCGCGCGACCAGGAGGCCCUUUUCCGUCUGUGAGCAGUGUGGUGCGGUUCGGCUAACACAAUGACCGAGUGGGAGAACGCCCCAGCUGUGGCUGAGACCCCUGAGAUCAAGCUCUUUGGCAAAUGGAGCACAGAUGACGUCCAGAUCAACGACAUCUCCCUGCAGGACUACAUUGCUGUUAAGGAGAAGUACGCCAAGUACCUGCCACACUCUGGAGGACGCUAUGCCGCCAAGCGUUUCCGCAAGGCCCAGUGCCCCAUCGUGGAGCGUUUGACCAACUCCAUGAUGAUGCACGGACGCAACAAUGGCAAGAAGCUGAUGACCGUGCGCAUUGUCAAGCACGCAUUCGAAAUCAUUCACUUGCUGACCGGAGAGAACCCCCUCCAGGUCCUGGUGAAUGCCAUCAUCAACAGCGGCCCACGUGAGGACUCCACACGUAUCGGUCGUGCUGGCACUGUCAGGAGACAGGCUGUGGAUGUGUCGCCCCUCCGCAGAGUCAACCAGGCCAUCUGGCUGCUGUGCACCGGCGCAAGAGAGGCUGCAUUUAGGAACAUCAAGACCAUCGCCGAGUGCCUGGCCGAUGAGCUGAUCAACGCAGCCAAGGGUUCCUCAAACUCCUAUGCCAUCAAGAAGAAAGACGAGUUGGAGAGAGUCGCCAAGUCCAACCGUUAAACAUGUUCAAUUUCUAACAAAAAUAAAUUUGUGGAGACAA